AUGUACUUAACUGUUACAAGACCAGACAUUACACAUGCAGUCAACACUUUAAGUCAAUACAUGCAUCAUCCCACUCAUAUUCACAUGCAUGCUUCUUUACGAAUUGUUAAAUAUCUAAAGGGAAACCUAGACCAAGGGCUUCUCUAUCCUGUUACUAACAAUUUGCAGAUAGAAGCCUUCUGUGACUCUGAUUGGGCUGCAUUUGUGGAUAAGAGAAGGUCAGUUACUGGAUUUGGUAAGAAAGAGCUUGAUGGGGUUUCUCCCAUAUUUUUGGGAAUUUUAGACGGAAGGAAGCAUAUGUUUAUGCGUGUUUCAAUAAGUAGAAAUCUAAUGCAUCCUACUUUGAUACGAUAUGUGGAGGCAUGGUUCUUGGAUCAAUUUGGAGUACUUCACCAUGCCAAACAGCUAGCCUUAUCCCAGUGGGUGCAAUCUCAACAUGUCUGUCUUCUCUCUUCAUCUCUCUCCUUGAAGCUUUUAUUAUUCAUGGAAAUUCCAUGCAUGAUACCUUGUUAUUAG